UACACAGUAUAAAUAUACUCGAUAACCAGCUGAAAAUGAACACAAAAGUCGACAACUGACUCCUCUGUUAACUUCAACUGAGCUCGGGACAAUGGAUAAACUUGUGGGAGGAUGGAGUGAGACAAAAGAUGCCACUGAAGAAAUUCAGAGCAUUUGUGAUGAGGUGAAGUGCCAAGUGGAGGAAAAGACAAACAAGAAACAUGGAAUAUACAAAGCUGUUAAGUACAGGAGUCAGCUUGUGGCUGGAAUGAACUAUCUCAUCAAGGUAAUAAAUAUUUUAAUAUUCUUUAUUUUUUUAAAAACAGAAAAGAAAGUGUCUUAUAUAUG